AUGGGCGACCCCUGUUAUAACGAGAACACAUUCUUAUGUGGUUAUCAACGGAUUCGGCGUUAUGGAUCCACUUGGGAUUUAAACUCCACUUCCAAUAACCUCAGGAAACCUCUGAAUGUAGUUGAACAUGAGGUCAAACCAACGGACACUCUGCAGAAUCUCCAGAUUAAGUACAACUCCAAUAUGUUUGAGAUUAAACGUAUCAACAAGUGAGUAUUCUUUGUACUUAUAUUGUUUUUGGAGCUUAGACAUACUAGUUAAUGCGAGCGUACUAUUUUUUGGGACUAUAGUCAACGAGGAUUCGUUGUAUAAAGUUCAACUUCCGUUUGUUUUGUCACCCUUAAUUAAUUCAUUAAAUUUUCUUAUCUGCAGACUCUGGUCUAACGACGCCUUGUACGCUCGGACACAUAUUUCGGUCCCAAUCUAUGACGACUCCCCUCUUUCCACACGAUCUCUCUCCGAUUCGGAAAAAGUGGCCAGAAAAGUUGGAUCGAAACCGGAAAUUGGCCAAAAAGAGGUGGAGGAAGAAGAAUCAGUUAAGGAUUUCUUCAAACGAAUUGAUCAGAAUGUGCGCCGGACCAAGAAAGUGGUUCGAAAGAUGAACAAAACGAAGACAGUCGAGUGA